AUUUUGUUUUGUAAUACAAAGCAUAUUUAAGAUUUUUUGGUAGAUUUCUGGCGAUUUGUACUUUAGGUAUUUUUCAGCACUAGAAGUCCGCCAGUUUGCCGACGCUUUGUUAAACCGCGCCAUUUUCAGACCAGAAUUCUGCAAAUGCCAUCAACCGAUUUCGCCGAUAUCCCAGCUGCCAAGAAAAUGAAGAUCGACACGUGCAUCCUGCGGUUCGCCAAGAUCACCGAGAACGCUUUGGAGCCGGUGAGGGGAUCCGCCAAAGCGGCGGGAGUUGACCUGCGGAGCGCCUACGACGUAGUGGUGCCGGCACGAGGAAAGGCCAUCGUCAAGACCGACCUGCAAGUGCAGGUACCGGAGGGCUCCUACGGCCGGGUGGCCCCACGUUCCGGACUUGCCGUGAAGAACUUCAUCGAUGUGGGCGCCGGCGUGGUGGACGAGGAUUAUCGCGGCAAUCUCGGCGUCGUUCUGUUCAAUCACUCCGAUGUAGAUUUCGAGGUGAAGCACGGCGACCGCAUCGCCCAGUUCAUAUGCGAGCGCAUCUUCUAUCCGCAACUGGUGAUGGUCGACAAACUGGAGGACACCGAGCGCGGCGAGGCAGGAUUUGGCUCUACCGGAGUCAAGGAUCUGCCGGCAGCUAAGGCGCAGAACGGCAACGGAGAGAAGGCUGCCGAACCGGAGGGUGCUGCCCCCGCUCCUGUUGCCACGUAAACGAGGAAUCUUUGCCGUAUUAAGCACAUCGCACCUCGGGCCAUUACUUCCUAUGCCCUUCAUGCCCAUUUUCAAAGAGUUUCAUUCCGUAUCCUUAAGUGAAAAAUGUUAAUGUAUGAGUAUUUGUUUAUCUGAUUAAAACUGCAAGUGUACGAA